AUGGUAUCAAAUGGAACAGGAAUGCAGAAAUGGUCAAAUAAAGAAGACAUUGAUGAUGUUCGAUUUGGGGCAUUUUCUCUCUCCGAGUUGCCCGGAUUGAAGCCUGGGCCUUUUCCUGCUGUGCAAUCGCGGGGAAUCAAGGCUGCUCUGCUCUUCCCGCAGGUGAUCUACGACUUUGGCGUCUCGUUCAUCGUCAUCAUGUACACGUGGGCCGGGCUGGCCUGCCUCGUCUUCCUCAACUGCUACGUCAACUGGCCCCUCCAGGCCUUCCCAGACCCAGAAGAGGCCAGUUACGUGAAGAAGAUCAAGCUGAGCAGCCUGGCCCUGGACCACAAAGUGACUGGAGACCGGUUCUACGUUCACGUCAGCAAUGUGGGCCAGAGGCUGAGCCAGAAGGUUCCAGAACAGGACGAGUUCAAGCAUCUCUCCACAGACAGUAUCACCGAGAACUGCAGCACCAAGGGACCCGCACGGCCCCCCCCACCUCACUCGCUCUUAAAGGGACUUGCUCUCUCUGUGUUUCCCCCCCCACCCCCCGCCAUCGCAGCCUCCAUCCCAUUACAGAAAAGCGUGCUCUCAGCCAUUUUCCUCUGGAGCCUGGUUACCAUGGGGAUGACACAACUGCGGCUCAUUUUCUACAUGGCCAGCAUGAACAAGAUGUUAGAGUUCAUCAUCACACACGGAACUGAUUCCGUGGAGUUACUGGACGAGGCUGGGGAUCUGGUGAAUUUCUAUUCGUCCAUUUUUGGGAUCCUACAGCUGCUGUGCCUGUUCACCUCCCCACUCAUUGGCUACGUUAUGGAUUGGCGUCUGAAGGAAUGCGUCGACACAUCAAUCAAUCCUGCAUCUGACUGUCCAUCCGGAAAAAGGCCACGGGACAGGACAGUCCAGAAACUGACCAAUGCCAUCAGAGCGUUCGUUUUCACAAACUUACUCCUUGUGGCAUUCGGUGUGACCUGUUUAAUCAACAUUCUCCCCCUCCAGUACCUCACCUUCGUCUUCCACACUGUGGUCCGUGGAUUCAUCCACUCUGCCUGUGGGGGCCUAUAUGCUGUUGUCUAUCCCACCAACCACUUUGGCUCUCUGAUUGGUCUCCAGUCCCUGGUCAGUGCUGUCUUCGCCCUGUUCCAGCAGCUUCUCUUCAUGGCCAUGCUGGGACCCCUGCAUGGAGACCCCUUCUGGGUGAACUUCGGCCUGCUCCUCCUGUCUGCCACCGGUUUUCUACUGCCUGGUUACCUGUGGUACCACCGUCGCAACGUCUUGAAGGCCAAGGCGACGGGAGGUGGGGCCCAUCGAGGGGCCGGGGGCCAGGAGCCCCCGGACGGUGGGAACCUGUCUCCAGGCAGGCCCCUUCCUCCCGGGAAGCCGGUUGACAACGGCCUGCCUCCUCAUGACGAAAGUCAGGCCUAGUGGGGCCUAGUCCGGCCUAGUCAGCCAAGCCUGACCCCCUCCAUGUCCUCUCGCCCCCCCCCCCCCCCACCCCACAACCUCGUUCCUGACUGAAAAACCCAAAUUGGGUCUGAUUUCACCCCCCACCUCCCUCCCUCCCAUUCCCCACCCCAUCAAACAUGUCCGUGUCCAAGGAACACACGUGUGCAGGUGGUAAAGGGGAAGGCCCUUGGUGAGGGUGUGGGGUUUUUUUUUGGUGUCCGUUGUAAAUAGGAUCUUUUGUUUCUCCUCUCCUGCCCCAAAAGGGGCUUUUUAAACGAUAGUUUUAUUUUUGACCAUGAAACGUAAACAUUGAUAUUUUUAUUAAUAUCACUCUAUCUAUAAAUAUAUAUAUAUGUGUGCGCGCGUGCGUGUGCGCG